UCCCCAUUUUUUCACUUUUAUUUAAUUUUGUUUUCUGCGGAUUUCUUGAACCUUUGCGCUUUCGCUCCACUUGUAUGAGCAGUCAAAUUACCUCAGCAAUGGCAUCUUGCAGGAGUCUUCUUCUUCUUCCCCGAUUCUCCGCAUAACAAACAAUAUUCCCGAAAAGGAACCAAAUACAAGAAACCCUUUUAUCGGUCAACGAUCCUCCAAAGGAAAGAUGCAUCUAUGGCCUUCGACGAUGCUGAGGGACUCGUUCAAGAGCGAGUACCUGAGGACGGUGGAGUGGAACCUGCGAAGGAUGAAGAGCGAGAAGCAGAAGAAUCAGCAGCAGCAGCAGCAGUCCUCUUCGAUCGAACGGCCUCUGCUCGACGAUGAAGGAGGAGGGCCGAAGAACAACGGAGGAGCGGCCGUGGAGGAGACGCCCCGUUCGGUAUUCGUCUGUGGGUUCCUCAGGCUGUGCGGUGAUGUGGUUAUGGUGAUGUCUUGCUUCUACUGCUGCUUCUGCUGCGGAGUGGAAAUGUCAAAUUCGGCUUUGCACCGAAAACUGAAGGUCCCCGGGAGUCGGGUGAUCAUCAUGGGUGUGUGUGAUACGGAAGAAUGGAAUGAUGCGGUUUGAGUUAUUUGUCAGGGCUCAUUUUGAUAUGAAGGAAUGGCAUGGGAUGGCAAACAACUCGUAAUUCCGUGAAACUGCAUGACCUUUGAUUCCAGCAUGUCAUAUGUCCCGCAGGUGUCUCAAUAUAGAAGGGUAGGAUCGGUAGAAUCUUGGGUCGUUCGAUAAAUACACUGAGAAGUGAGGAGGUAGCGGUUCUUGCUGACUACAGACUAGUACAAAGUGCAGUGGUAAGAGUUAAGAUAGUGAGUUGAAUGCGUGACCAGACCCUGGCUGUACGAUUCUGCUGCAGUAAACAAGGAGGAGAGGAGAGAUAUAAUCUGGUUGAUUUUCCUAGCUUAGUCGGUCUUGACAGUGAUGAGUAUAUGUGAAAUCAUUCGACGUCUUAGUAGAUAAGUUCUAGUUACAGCUGAAAGGAAUGGAAUGUACUUCUUUACCUUGAGUUAGAUUCUUGGGAUUGCAUAUGCUGUAUCUCUUCUUGUUGAAUUGCUUCUCUGCUGGUUCUAAGUGCGUGUUUCAAUUUUAGACGCGUUGGUAUCGAAUACUUCAUGUUUGUAUUUUCUGUAAUUUAGAGCAGUUACAUCGUGCCCAGGCUUUGUAGCACAAA